CCUCCACUGCCAUCUCCACGUCCCACUCGACAAGAUACUCACCUAAGAAGGAAGGAACACAGUUUCCACCGUGGCUCUCUUCCUGUUUCAACUCUUUCAAUCUCACCACAUGGUCGCCUUGCGUCGCAUACAAGAACUCAAGACUAUGAUUGCCUAACAUUUGCUUUUACCCCCGCUGUCACGUUUUUUCCCCUUGUGGCAGUUCGAAGCAGGUCAAUCACGGAUCUUUCUAGAUCCCCCGUGAAUCUUAUCAUUGUCAAGUCGAUCAAGACAUUUGACUUACUCCAAUCCCCGACAUCUCAAUCAUUAUCAGUGGUUGCCACCUUGUUGGGACCCCCGCCGCCGAGCAAAAGCCAAGAGCGAGAUGCCGACUCUCGCCUUGAUCAACUUCAACAUCGUCUGUGCGACGCUCGGAGGCUUUAUUUCCCUCUUUGGAUUGGUAUCCUACCUAUGCAAGGAGCGAUUCUACCUGUCCGAAGCCUUGAUCUCGCUUCUGGCAGGUGUCGCAUUCUCUCCGCAUGCCGCCAAUUUUAUCCGCCCGGAUGAUUAUGCCUUGCACUCGGAGCAGAAUCUCGAGGCCAUCACUCUGCACUUCACCCGUCUAGUUCUGGGCGUGCAGUUGGUUCUAGCAGGUGUCCAGCUCCCCAAACGUUAUCUCCAAAUCGAAUGGCGGAGCUUGUCGCUUCUACUUGGCCCUGGGAUGGCUGCGAUGUGGCUAUGCAGUAGCCUGGUUAUCUGGGCCAUGGUUCCCAAUCUCCAGUUCCUUCAUGCACUCAUUGUCGCUGCGUGUGUGACCCCCACUGACCCGGUCUUGUCCAAUUCCAUUGUUAAGGGCAAGUUCGCGGACAAGCAUGUUCCGCGCCCGCUGCAGCGGAUCAUUAUAGCCGAGUCUGGUGCUAAUGAUGGCCUUGGUUAUCCCUUCCUUUUCUUCGGCAUCUACUUGCUCAAGUAUGUUGGUAUGAACGGGGAAGGAUACAGUGGAUGGGCUGGGAAGGCGAUGGGCCAGUGGUUCCUGGAGACAUGGCUGUAUACUAUCAUCUUGAGUGUGGUAUAUGGCAUAGUGGUUGGCUGGCUGUCUCGGAAACUUCUCCAUUGGGCAGAGGAGAAGCGUUAUGUUGAUCGCGAGAGUUUCCUGGUUUUUGCCAUUGCGCUUGCCCUCUUUAUUGUGGGAACUUGCGGUCUUAUCGGCACUGAUGACCUUCUCGCUUGUUUUAUUGCGGGUAAUGUUUUCACGCAAGAUGACUGGUUCCGACUUGAAACCAUGGAUGACUCGCUCCAGCCGACCAUUGAUAUGCUUCUCAAUUUAUCGGUCUUCAUGUGGUUUGGCGCCGUCUGCCCGUGGUCAUCUUUUUUGAACAACGACAUCAUUCCUAUCUACCGCCUCAUUUUCUUGGGUAUUCUAAUCUUGCUUGUUCGUCGGAUGCCAAUUAUUUUCGCAAUGCACAAAUACAUCCAUCAAAUCGAGCACGUGUCCCACGCAGCAUUCGUUGGAUUUUUCGGACCCAUCGGCGUCGGCGCUAUCUUCUACCUCUCUAUUAGUCGAGAAUUCCUCCGGGAAAUCACAGUUGAUGGUAAGGUCCGAGAAGAUGCCCAGCAAGUCAUGGACACCAUCAACGUCGUGGUUUGGUUCUUGGUGAUCUGCAGUAUUGUUGUCCACGGCCUAUCAGUUCCCGUCGGAAAGGCUGGCUACAACCUUCCACGCACCAUCUCCAGCGCUAUCAGCACUAGUACUGUUGAUGAGCCUGAGCCGGUGCCGAUUUCAAACAUUCGCCACACGCACAGUACCGCGACGCCCCGUGCGAAUCUUUCAGGACCGAGUCACCGCUCUCGCAAGCGUGGAGCUCAGCAUGAAUCGCCUCACCCGCCGUUGUUCCGUGUUGGUCGGUCUGUGAUUCGCUCACGUUCACCUAACAGGCAGCUCGGCGUGGGAUCAAUUGAUGAGCCCGAGCGCCCUGUCAACCUGGUUACUCACGACACCGUGGUUGCUGUGAACGAAAGGGAGCAGGGCUCGAUGAGCCCUGCGUAAACACACAAGGGCCAGCCCGCAGGUAGAAAGGCCUGGCAUAGCUCAUUCUGGCCCUGAACAGUAUCUAUCAUCUACGGAAGAUAGUUUCUUCAUUCUCAGUCACCUAUUUUCAAUUCUCAUGAUACAUUUUGUGUGGGCGAGGGUGGUUUGGAGAUUUCGAUUGUUCAUAGAUUACUUUUAGUUCUGUGAAUACAAGAGAG